GGGAGGGGAGGAGAGGAGAGGGGAGGGGCACACUGACUAUGUGAGCCGUGAGUGCAUCAUACAUGUCCAAGUCAGCGCGGAUUCCCCGCUCCUCUCGUCCCGACAAGCGGCCGGGCCUGAGCCGGAUCCCCGCCGUUGUCAUCAUGCUCUCGGCCGCGUUCCUCCUCGCGGUCCUGGGUAUAUUCUGGGGUCUCUCCUUCACCUCCCAGCCCCCCGAUGUCGUGCAGGAAGACUGGAGCCGGCGGAAGCACCACCACAAGCCAAAGAGUGUCAUGUCGAGUCAAGUGAGGCAGUUGGCAUCGCUGGUCGACUUCCACCGUCUGUGGAAUACUUUCCUGGUGCCCAUGUUGAUUGAGCGAUAUCCCGGGUCAGAGGGCAUCGAGCUGGUUCGACAGCACAUCCAAGACCAGCUGGAGUCGCUGCCGGCCGGCUGGAGUCUGGAGACGGACACGUUCGAGGAACCAACGCCGCAUGGAGUCCGUACCUUCACCAACCUGGUGGCCACUCUGGCCCCCGCUGCCCGCAGACGUCUGGUGCUAGCCUGUCACUACGACUCCAAGUACUACCCGCCAGACGGGGCCGGGCGAGUGUACGUGGGAGCCACGGACUCCGCUGUUCCCUGCGCCAUCAUGUUGGAGAUCGCACACGCUCUCGACAAGGAGCUACGCCGACUAAAGGAGAGGGCACCGGACCUCACUCUGCAGCUGCUGUUCCUGGACGGAGAGGAAGCACUGGUCAGCUGGACGGCCACGGACUCACUCUACGGGUCAAGGCAUCUGGCCGAGCGCAUGGUGAAGACCAGGCACCCCCACACCACCUCCAGCACCACCCUCAUAGACUCACUGGACCUGUUUGUGCUGCUGGACCUGCUGGGCGUGAACAAGCCCAUCUUCCUCAACCACUUCAGCAACACUGCCCACUGGUUUGAUCGCCUGGUUGGCAUCGAGAGACGCCUCCACCGGCUAGGUUUACUGACGCACCACCCGGUGGAGGUGACCUACUUUGCCGGCGACACACGCUACGCUCCCAUCGAGGAUGACCACGUGCCUUUCCUGCGCAAAGGGGUCCCCAUCCUCCACCUGAUCUCCACUCCCUUCCCCUGGGUCUGGCACACGAUGGACGACACGGUGGAGAAUCUGCACCCGCCCACCAUCGAGAACCUGGUCAAGAUCGUCACCAUCUUUGUGGCCGAAUACCUGGGGCUGUGAUGACCGGCGCGACGUGGCGUGGCUCGGACCGGUGUGUGGCGCGGCCGACCGCUGGCCAACCGCCACCUGAACUGUCCCCUCAUGCCACUGGUGGCUCCACAUGGCCUGUGGUCAGAGGGGGCGGUGUCCACUCUCACAGCGGCCGGAGACUGGACACUGGACAUGUGGCUGCGGCCGGUACCGACCCACUCGGCACAACGUACACAUUGACCACAAGGCCAGACACCCGCCUCCCACACAGACGGGGUGUGUCUGUCUGUCUGUCUGUCUGUCUGUCUGUCUGUUGCCUUUUGCAUUCCCCCCCCCACAUCACGUCUUAUUUUAUCUCUGGUUCUUUCACGUGUCUGUGUAUGUAUGAUGCCGUGUGUUACAUGUGUUUGUGUGUGUGAUCGCAUCUCCCCUGUGUGUGCGUGUGUGUGUGUGCAAGUAUAUGUGUGCGUGUGUGUGUGUGCAAGUAUGUGCGCGUGUGUGUGUGUGCAAGUAUAUGUGUGCGUGUGUGUGUGUGCAAGUAUAUGUGUGUGUGUGUGCAAGUAUAUGUGUGCGUGUGUGUGUGUGCAAGUAUAUGUGUGUGUGUGUGCAAGUAUAUGUGUGCGUGUGUGUGUGCAAGUAUGUGUGUGCGUGUGUGUGCAAGUAUGUGUGUGCGUGUGUGUGCAAGUAUAUGUGUGCGUGUGUGUGCAAGUAUAUGUGUGCGUGUGUGUGCAAGUAUAUGUGUGUGUGCAAGUGUAUGUGUG